AUGAAGAAGCGAAGCCGCCUGGCCCUGCCGCCGCAGAGCCCCGAUGGCCUGCGCGAGACGCCGGUAGAGGUCGUUGUCAUUGACGACGACGAAUCGCCCAAGCACGAGACGAGCAAGCAAGUAGAUUACGCCGUGGCCAGCCCACCGACCGACGACGCGAGCCUCGGUCCCGAGCUACGUCUGUACCAGGAAGGCCUCGACGGCGACUGGCUCCAGCUCGCGUGGAUGCGCACGCGCGCCGAGGUCCCAGCGUCUGAGGCUCUACCGACCGAGAUGGUGCUACCGAGUGUCACGUGCAACCUGCACGACAUUCUACCGUCGACGAAAUCGUCGCCGCGCCCCAUUUCGUCAUCAGCCGUCAACAACUCUGCCGACGUCCCACUCGCCCAGCAGCGCUCCAAGGCCGAGUGCAUGGCGAAGAUUCAGGCGUGGCUACGGCACGGCGACGGCGACGUACCGUGGCCAUCAUGCGACGCGCAGCUAUUAGCCGACUGCGACUGGGCGACCAUGUUGACGCCGCCGCCGUCGCCAUCGACGCUCUGUGCCAUCGUCCGCGCCUCAUCGAGUCCGUCGCUAUAUCGACAAUUGUGGCUUCAAGAGCCGCUGCUUCGGGCGACGCUCGUGCAUGCUGGCGCUUUGCGCGACGUGGCGGUGCUGACCCGACUUGUCGACUGCGAUCACGUGCGGAGCAUGGCGCCGCGGGCCUUUCGCUCGACUCUGCGGCAGUUGGACUUGCGCAAAGACGGCGAAGACGUUGGAAUCUACCUCGAAUCCGAGCUGGUUCGCGUCUACCACACAUUGCGCUGAAUGUACUGUGUUA